AUGGAAGCCUUGUGGAGCUUGGAGGACAAAUGGAAGCUGUCAACCCAAGAAGCAGUCCUCCUGUUUGUCUGCACUGCAUUUUCAGUCAUCGGAGUGUGCACUGCGGUCGCACUGAAAAAGAGAGCCCGGAGAAGGCAGGUGGUUGGUGGGGAGGAUGUCGAUGGGGUUGAGUCGAUGAUCAGCAAGAAGUGGGGUGAUGGAGGGUGUGGUUGGGGGUCCAUAAAGAGGGUGUUGAUGGGGACGGUGAGGUGGAGUGGAGCCAGCAAAUGGGACGAGAGGCCGCUGCCGCUGCUGGCGGUGCAGCAGUAUGAGGGGGAUGUGGGGUGGCAGAGCCAUAACUCAGUCUCACCAGUGUGGCAGAGACCGAUACUGAUGGGCGAGAAGUGUGAGCUGCCUCGAUUCAGCGGGCUGAUUCUGUAUGAUGAGACAGGCCAGCCACUCCAUCAACCUGAUAAAGAAACAAUACAGCAGGAGAAAACAUCUGUUGUGAGAACAACUCUCAGGGACUUGCUGUAGAUUUCUCUAGUUUUGUUCUUUCCUUUUUCUCAUCAGUUGUAACAGAGAGUGGGGACUUUAGUUGGGGAGUGUAUGGUCUUUUUUUCCUCUACAAUAAGAACCCUAAUAGAAACAUUGUGGAAAUGGCUCAAUCACUAUUUUUCACACAUCUUGAAUGAGCAGUUUCUUCCUAUUCGAUACAAUACAAAUGAGGUGUACUUCAAUCUUAAAGAAUGCCUGGCAUGUAGAUGCCACAUCUUUUCAAUGGCUAAGGGCAUUUAUUUAA